UUUUAUCAUUUCUCACCCUCUCUUUUCUUACAAGAAGCCAAGAAGGGUAGAGUAGAGCAGAGUAGAUAUAUGUCGCUGUUGUCUUACCUCAGCCCAACACGCCUUCUAGAAGGCUACCUCCGCCGCUGCCUUACGGCGGCAGGACUAACGUCGCAGACUCUCUCCAUAGAUUCUGAAACAACCAUCCACUUCUGGGGUCCACCACCUCUAGACCAUGGCACCGACGAAAGACCAGUGAUGCUUCUCCUCCACGGCUUCGGUCCAUCCUCUAUGUGGCAGUGGAGGCGACAGAUUCAAGCCUUCUCUCCGUCCGCUUUCCGGCUAUAUUGUCCCGAUCUUGUUUUCUUCGGUGACUCUACUAGUUCCUCCACCAAUCGCUCCGAGGUCUUCCAGGCGGAGUGCAUGGAAAACCUAAUGGAGAAAAUAGGAAUACAGAAGUUUAAUGUGGUUGGAACAAGCUACGGAGGAUUUGUGGCGUACCAUAUGGCAAAAAUGUGGCCGCGAAAAGUGGAGAAAGUAGUGAUUGCAAGCUCAGGAAUCAACAUGGGAAAGUGUGACAGUGAAAGUUUAUUGCAAAGAUCCAACUGUGAGUGCAUUGAGAAGGUUAUGUUACCAUCAACUGCCACAGAGCUGCGGACACUUAUGGGGUUAGCAUCUUCUUCGAGGCUAGUUCGUGUGUUUCCUGAUGCUCUCUGGAACGACGUUAUUAGUAAUUUAUAUCAGAAGAAUAGAAAGGAGAAAGUAGAACUAUUGAAAGGGGUGACUCUUGGCAGGGAUGAGAAACUAAACAUCGAUCCUCUUUCUCAGGAAGUCCUUAUAAUUUGGGGAGACAAAGAUCAGAUAUUUCCGGUGAAGAUGGCCUACGAACUAAAAGAGAUUCUUGGAGAUAAAACAAAACUGGAAAUCAUUGAGAACACUUCACAUGUUCCCCAGAUCGAAUGUGCUCAAGAGUUCAACAAUAUCGUUUUGAAAUUUCUGAAGGGAUCUCAAUAACAAUAUUUAUACAUUUACUACAUGAUAUUUGAUUAAGCGUGGUUAGUAGUAAACAUAUAAACUAUUUAGUAAUUUACGUAACAUUGCUACUUGCUCAUGUUUUCAUGUAACUUUAUAAUAUUGGUAAGAUGAAAUUGAAGAUCAUUAAGAACAGGUUCCCCA